AUGGGUAUUUGCUGCUCGGGGUCUCCCCGCCCAAGUGAGGACUCUUCGCUAAAGCAUCUAGGUGACAUUGCGAUCUCCGGCGAACAAGAGGACGUUGAGCUUGGCCCUCCAAAUUUUGAGCGAGUCGUUCUCCGAAUCGAUGGUCUCAAGUGCGGAUGCUGCGAAUCAGGGCUUUCACGAGCCGUUGGCCGCAUCCCUGCUGUUAGGGACUUUCAAGUGAACACUGUCCUAGCUCGGGUCGAGCUAGAGCUAGACACCAAUCGGCUAUCCGUUGACAAGAUCAUCGAGCUACUGGAAACCAGGACCGGAUACAAGUUUGAGGAGCAGGUGGCGAUUGCUGGUCAGGUUUUGGAGUUCAUCAUCACCGAUCCUAGGCGUUUGCAGCAUGCCGUCCAACCGCGCGGUGUCACACGUGUCGAAGCCCCCGAACGAGCACCAUGGCGUCCUCUCGGCUUGUUGAGUGGGCGCACGGGCACAGCGCAGAAGAAGACGGCCGACGUCAACGGAGAUGCAGAUACCGAGGACAGCCCUCGCGGAACCUCGAAGCUACGUCUACCACCGACCAAGAUAUACUACAACGCGAGUGUCAUCGGCGCGCGAGAAGUUUACGAACACUACCUCAAAUACGAUCCCGAUCUAAGUCUAGCACCUCUAGUGGCAGACCCAGGGCUUGAUCUUGGAGCCAAGCAGACCAGAAGAGCCUUGAAAUGGUUUCUUCCCACACUGGCCUUCACGAUUCCCGUCCUCAUCCUGGCAUGGACCCCACUUAAUCACGAGAAUCACACUUUUGCCCACAUGUCAUUGGCCCUGGCAACCGUCGUACAGCUCAUCGCCUUCUACCAAUUCGUCCCAAAUGCCUUGAGAUCCCUCUACCAUUCCCACGUAUUGGAGAUGGACUUCUUGGUUACAUUCAGUACCACCAUGGCGUACGUUUUCAGCGUCGUAUCCUACAAGUACCAACUUGACGGUAGGCCCCUGGAAACUGGAUCGUUCUUCGAGACGUCUACGCUGUUGGUCUCGCUUCUCUUGAUGGGCCGCUUCAUCAACGAAUACGCCCGUUAUCGAGCUGCGAAGUCGGUAUCGUUCAGAUCGCUGCAAGCCGACCAGGCAAUCCUCGUGCAGCAGACAACUACGUCAUGGGCCAACGCAAUCACGAGCAAGAUUGACAGCAGGCUACUACAAUACGGUGACUACUUCUGCACACCACCGCAUGCCAGGAUCGUGACGGACGGCGUGGUAGUGUACGGAGGCUCCGACGUCGACGAAUCGAUGAUGACGGGUGAGUUCAAGCCGAACGCGAAGGGACUGGACUCCGAAGUCUUCGCAGGCACGAACAAUGGAGAUGGCCAGCUCAUAGUGAGCCUAACGAAGUUGCCGCACGAGAACUCAGUGCAGCAGAUUGCCGCCUUGGUCGAAGACGCUGAGUUGACCAAGCCGCGAGCACAAGCACUUGCCGAUCGGAUCGCUGGUUGGUUCGUCCCUGCAAUAGCUUCCAUCGGGCUCACAGUUUUUCUCAUCUGGCUCUUUGUUGAGCGAUACCACAACACAAAAUCCUGGAGGGUACGAAGCGCGGUACUCACUGCCAUUACCUACGCCAUCGCCACUCUCAUCGUAUCUUGUCCAUGCGCCGUCGGUCUUGCCGUACCCAUGGUCGUCAUGAUCGCAGGUGGUGUGGCCGCACGGCACGGCAUCAUUUUUCGGGACCCUCAGAAGCUUGAGGUUGCACGCAGCGUUACCGACGUCAUCUUCGACAAGACCGGUACCAUAACCACUGGAAAACUUGAAGUCAUUGGAGUUCCCAGGUAUCGCAAGACAGACCAGGCACUCAUGAAGGGGCUUUUAUUAGGCCUCUUGAAGGGCAUCAAGCACCCCGUGUCCAUCGCGAUCACCCAGUAUCUGGAACAGCACAUGCUCGUCCACAAGGACUUCAAACUUCUUGAGGUUAGCAACAUCACCAGCAUUCCCGGUAAAGGCGUCCAAGGCAAUUGCGCGAAGACUGGGGUGGAGGUUCGCGCAGGCAAUGCAGAGUGGCUUCAUAUCAACGUUAUCGGACAAUCAAAGAAUACGGGAUGCUACGUCACCUACGGCGGCGACCUUCGCAUCAGUUUCGAACUCCUGGAUCAGCCCCGCCCUGAAGCGAUAAUGGUGGUUAGAGAACUUCAUGCUCGAGGAAUCAACGUGCACAUGCUGAGUGGCGACAACGAUGGGACUGUCAGCGACGUGGCGACAACUCUAUACAUCGACGAGGCGAAUACAAAGGCUCGCUGCACACCCGAAGGAAAAAUGCAAUACAUCCGUGAUCUCCAGGACUCCCGCAGAAAAUCCACCGUCAUGUUCCUCGGUGACGGAACAAACGACUCUGCAGCCCUCAAACAAGCCCACGUAGGCGUCCACCUCAAUGAUGGCUCCGACGUUGCGAAGUCCGCAGCUGAUGUCGUCCUCAUAACGACCCGACUACAUGACGUUCUCAUCCUACUCGAUAUCUCGCACGCUGCAUACCGACGUAUCUGGUGGAACUUCAGUUGGUCGGCAUUCUACAAUUUGUUCGCCAUCAUCCUUGCUGCCGGCGCAUUCGUCAAGCUCCAGGCCAACGUAAGGAUUACACCGCAGUGGGCGGGCCUGGGUGAGCUCAUCAGCGUCCUACCUGUGGUCUUGAUCGCAUUCCAGAUGCGAUUCCGGAACUAUGGAAAACCGUACCGCAUGAUGGAGACAACGUAUCAAAAAUUUGAGGCGCCGAAGCGUGAGCAGCGACGUAGUCGCCAGAGUGCGAGUUCGGCAAGCGCUGGGUGUUGCGAAUUUCCAACGUCGACUUUGGCAGCUGUUGACACGUUUACGGGUAUGAGUCAGAAGCGUGGGCUCGGGAAGUUGGCGUUUUGGUUGAAUUGGUGAGAACGGUUAUUUUAUUUGUUUUGCGUUUGGAGUUUUGCUGGGGUAGUAGGCUAUAUUGGGAGUGU